CUCACCACUCUCCACACAUACACAGACUCACCACUCUCCACACAUACACAGACUCACCACUCUCCACACAUACACAGACUCACCACUCUCCACACACACCAGCCAUGCCAUCCCCGUCAGACUCCAGCAGUGUAGUGUCAGCCUCUGGGUCUAGGGGCUGGUCAGAUAGCUGCCGGGGCAUGUCUGGCCGUCAGGGUGGGGCCAAACUGCUGCUGUACCUGGGGCUGUGCCACCUGGGCCUGGGGGCCAUGGUCCUGGCCUUCUCCUUCACCAGCAUGGCCUUCACAUCCUCAGCCCGCGUCCGACAGUCCUGCCCCUUCUGGGCCGGCUUCUUUGUUGUGGCAUCAGGGUUAGUUGGACUUAUCUCAUGGAGAAGACCACUCACUCUGGUGGUGUCCCUCUUCAUGCUGCUGUCUGCUGUGUGUGUCAUCCUUAGUCUGGCUGGAUCCAUGCUCUCCUGUCAGAACGCACAGAUGGUCAAGUCACUCCUCACCUGCCAGGUGGAGAGUGGGUUGUGUGUGUGUUGCGCCCCAACACACUCCUGCUCUAUAAACGAGGAGGAGACCCUGGUACUCUACCUAAACGCAGACUGCCACUCUGUCAGACAUCAGCUAAAGGACCUGUUGUUCAGUGCUUGUGGUCUGAGUAUUCUCUCUACCAUCAUCUGUACUCUCUCUACUGUCACCUGUAGUAUACACAUCUUCUCCCUGGACCUAGUGCACCUGCUCGCCCCGCACCGCUCUCGCUCCGUCAACCCAGAAUGCACCACUCCUCAGGACGCCUUCCUGACCAACAUCAUGGACUUUGAGGAGUUUGUCCCGCCCAUCCCUCCGCCCCCCUACUACCCCCCUGAAUACACCUGCAGCUCUGAGACAGACGCACAGAGUAUCACCUAUAACGGGUCGAUGGAGAGUCCAGUUCCUCUGUACCCCACUGACUGUCCCCCUCCUUACGAAUUAGUGAUGGGACAGAGAGCAGCUAGCCAGGCCACGGUGUUUGACAGCCAUGGGAAUGAGCUGUCUGGAGAGAGGGCCACAUCCACUGCCUUCAGCGGAGAGGUCUCCAUGGACAGUGGUUCUCUGUUGAUGUCGGAGAUCAUUGACAUCCCAGACGACUCCUCACCUUCAGAGGACUCCUGCCUCGUGGGGGUGGGGGUGAGGGCUAGGGGGGAGAGAGGGAGCACCGGGGGGAGUGGAGGGGGGAGAUGGGGGAGAAGGAGGGGAGUAUGUGAGCUUCCGUGGCCCCCCUCCCCAACCCCCGGAAAGUCCCCUGGUAGAGAGUCCCCUGGUGGGCCCCAGGGCCAGGCGAUGCUACAGAGGAGAGAGGUCCAACUCCUGCUCCUCAUCUAGCACUGCUACAGCUACAUACAGGUCUCCAGUGUUGAGGCGACAGGCUAUGUUGGCCAGUAGUUGUUCCCAGUUGGAGCUGCUAGGGGGCGCCACCUCUCACCAGUGCUCCUCUAUCCUAGAGAAACGAGUCGGACCUUGCACCCCUUUACGAUGCGGUUCCACCCUCAGGCAGCUCCUCCCACUUCCUCAUCCUCAGCUGUCAAUCAGCUGGGUGGUCAGGGCAACGGGGGUACCCCUCCCCCUACAGCCGUUGUACCUGCGUCGUCAGGGCGGAAGGAGCGAGAGGGGGGAUAGUGACGGGCUUUUGCCCCUAGUGAGGUCACACAGCGAGCCUGGCCUCAGCUCUUCUGCUGAUACAGUAUACUUCAGUGGUGGCUCAGUGGGCAGUAAAGGAGUGAGGGAGGGCUCUCAGACCUCUACAGACACAGGUCCGUCCUCCGAGGCAUGCCUGCUACCCCGCUCCUCUCUGGUGCCCCCCUCAGCCCUCCUCCCCAGGAAGGGCGGUGUGAAGGCAGCCACCAUGAGCCGCACCUUGCCCCUCUCCAAAGGCCCUGCCAACUCUCCCUUGCACCUUCCCAAAGAAUGCAACCGCUCUCUUGGGGACCUCAAGGUGACGAGGGGGUUGGUGGCUCGCUUCCUGCAGCGCUCCAAACGGAACCUGGCGUCCGCCGCAGAGCAUUCUGGGAACACGGGACAGGGUCAGAAAAGAAGAGGUGGGGUGGAGGGCAACGGGACAGGCCAUCUCCCUUUAGAACAGGUGUUACGUAACUCCUGGGGGGCCAGCCAGGGAUCCCACCCGCCAUACCCUCAUCACCGUGGUCACCACCACUCCCAUAGCGACAGCCGCCACAACCGCCAUCAUAGCAACCAACCCCCUGUGACGGAAGGGAUCCACUUGCGCAGCUGCGGCGACUUAAGCUCCUCCUCCUCUGCGUCGCUAUGGCGAUUACUGACGGCCAACCCCCCUCACGGGUCAUCAGGGGCACUGUACACAGAGUCAGCCCUGUAAGAGGGGGAGGAGGGAGGAAAGAUGGGAGGGGAUGGGGAGGAAAAGGAGAGGAGGCAGAAAGUGUACCCACACAGAGGAGAGUGGAGGCAUGGUAUGGUCUAAUGAAGAAGAGAUACAAAGGGAGGAGGAGAGGUGGAGGAUGGUAGGAUGAGUUAGACAGGGGAGAGGAAGGAUGAAGGAACAGGCUACUGACAUAUCCUGAUGGGCGGUGGAAGGAGUCAGCACUAUGAGGAGGGAACGACUGGACCUUUGCUACAGCCUUGUUCCAAUACUUUCAACAUGCAUCCUACUGCUUUCCCUUCCUCCUUCCCCUUGGAGCCCUCCUCUGCACCUGCGCCUGGCCUUCCUUUCCUGAACUUUGACCUCUCAACUAACCUUCAACCUCCACCUAGCCAUACUGAAAACAACUCUAUCUGUCCUCUCCAACUCUCUGGGAUCUCUCUCUAACUUCAAGAGUAGAGAGGAUGGAGAGAAGGAGUAGGAUAAUGAAGUUUCCCCUAGACUCUGAGCUAUGGUCAGUUUAGUGUUUCUCCUCCUAAUGGUUAAGGUUAGGAUCAGUGGAGCAUAAGCUGAUCCUAGAUCUGUGUCUAAGGUAAACACUUUUCUGGAGCUGUGAAUAUCACUCUUACACAAACCGCAUACACUCAUUAAACUGCUCACUCUUUUUCAAAACUCAAAUGUACGUUCAUUUGUCCAGCUCUUCAUCUGGAGCGAAACUCACUUUAAGUGUUCACGGAAUUCACCUUUUUGUCUUCCACUCGCGAAAUGGUUAACCUUCCUUUUCUCCUGAUGACACUGUAAAAUGUACAGAAACAUGUACACUCAUUUUGCCCACUGACAGUGAAAGUUUAAUGGCCUGCUAGUGUCGCCGUAUGUUUACAAACUUACAUCGUUAUUAUUUUAGUAUUUUAUUUGUGGUUAAUUUUCUUGAGGUAAAAUCAACAUGUAAUCCUCAACACCCCUUACCUAGUCCAUCUCCAAUCUGCCUUCAGAAGAAAGGUGCCUCAAACUCAAAACUCACACACCAUCUACCCCAGACUCAAAACUAACACACCAUCUACCCCAGACUCAAAACUCACACACCAUCUACCCCAGACUCAAAACUCACACACCAUCUACCCCAGACUCAAAACUCACACACCAUCUGCCCCAGACUCAAAACUCACACACCAUCUACCCCAGACUCAAAACUCACACACCAUCUACCCCAGACUCAAAACUCACACACCAUCUGCCCCAGACUCAAAACUCACACACCAUCUGCCCCAGACUCAAAACUCACACACCAUCUACCCCAGACUCAAAACUCACACACCAUCUACCCCAGACUCAAAACUCACACACCAUCUACCCCAGACUCAAAACUCACACACCAUCUGCCCCAGACUCAAAACUCACACGCCAUCUGCCCCAGACUCAAAACUCACACGCCAUCUGCCCCAGACUCAAAACUCACACACCAUCUGCCCCAGACUCAAAACUCACACACCAUCUGCCCCAGACUCAAAACUCACACACCAUCUGCGCCAGACUCAAAACUCACACACCAUCUGCCCCAGACUCAAAACUCACACACCAUCUGCCCCAGACUCAAAACUCACACACCAUCUGCCCCAGACUCAAAACUCACACACCAUCUGCCCCAGACUCAAAACUCACACACCAUCUGCCCCAGACUCAAAACUCACACACCAUCUGUCCCAGACUCAAAACUCACACACCAUCUGCCCCAGACUUAAAACUAACACACCAUCUGCCCCAGACUCAAAACUCACACACCAUCUGCCCCAAACUCAAAACUCACACACCAUCUGCCCCAAACUCAAAACUCACACACCAUCUGCCCCAGACUCAAAACUCACACACCAUCUACCCCAGACUCAAAACUCACACACCAUCUGCCCCAGACUCAAAACUCACACACCAUCUGCCUCAGACUCAAAACUCACACACCAUCUGCCCCAAACUCAAAACUCACACACCAUCUGCCCCAGACUCAAAACUCACACACCAUCUACCCCAGACUCAGAACUCACACACCAUCUGCCCCAAACUCAAAACUCAUACACCAUCUGCCCCAGACUCAAAACUCACACACCAUCUGCCCCAAACUCAAAACUCACACACCAUCUGCCCCAGACUCAAAACUGACUAUUACACCGUUCUAAGACAUCCUACUCCUAAACUCUGCAUUUCCUGUCUCUGAGAUGCCCUUGGACAUAGCGAUUUGAUGUGUAUGUUAUGGUACAACCCCCCAUAAUGUACUCCGAAUGAAACAGGAACCUUGUUCAAAUACUACAACUUCCCUCCCUGUGUAUCAAAUCCUACAAAAUAACCAACCUUCCCCUAAGAAUGACUUUAGCUGCAUGUUUUGGCAAUGCUUCUUACUUUUCUCUCUCUCUCUUGCACCCAAAACCUAGUUGCUCUGAGCCUUUGGAAAUGUGUUAAUGUAUAGUGAAGGAGAUGGAUCAAUGUUGUGCUGUUGAACCCAGAGCCGUAGAUAUACUGGGUCCUAACUAUCAUCCAUGAACUCUGUGAUGUGUCUGGCUCUGGCUGAACAGUUAUGUCUGAUCAAUUACACCUCAGUAUGAGUCCCAAAGCACUAAAGAGAUUCUUGCAAUAAAUGUACAGAUACGUUUGUAUAGAUGUUGGGGAUCAGAUAUUCAGGAUGGUAGUUCCACCAAGACUUAGUGGGAACUAUGAGAAUCUGGAUAUUAUAGUCUGAUACUGGAGGUUGGAUGACAUAAAGCAUGCAGUAUUCUUAGAAGACAUACUGUCUGGAUUGGAAUAGAAGCUGGCUAACCUCAACCCAGUCAGACAAGAGUUAUACACUCAAUGGCGAUAUUGUGAAGUCUUAAGUUUUGAAUAUACACACAAUUAUGUAUGUAACUGAUUUAAACACAACACACACAGACACACAACCACCCACACACAGACACACACAGACACACAACCACACACACACAGACACAGACACACAACCACCCACACACAACCACCCACACACAGACACACACAGACACAGACACACAACCACACACACACAGACACAGACACACAACCACACACACACUCAAACUCACAGAAGCACUGAGCUGUGUUAAAAAUGUUGCUAUAAUUUCUACCUCCUAUUUUGCACAGUGUAUAAUUGUAUGGCUUGAAGUGAUAGAGCCUAACUGAAUAAACAUAUUAUUCUCUUCAAAUAUGAUACAUAAAUGUUCUAAUGCAAGAACUUUUAAUGCAAGUAAUGUAUUUCAACAUAUUGAAUAAAUGAUCCACAACA